AUGUCAAAGACAAGAUAUUAUUUGGAACAAUGUAUACCAGAAUUAGACGAUUUAGUAGAGAAAAAAAUCUUUACUAAAGAUGAAGUUUCUAAGAUUAUGAAAAAAAGAACUAAUUUCGAACAUCGGUUAAGUUCUAGAGGUUCCUCUACACAAGAUUAUAUUCGUUAUAUUGAAUAUGAAAUCUUGGUCGAUAAGUUACGUUAUAAAAGAGUAAAACGUAUUUUCCAAGCUAAAAAAACGAAUUCUGUUUCCGAUUGGUCUAUAAUUCGUAGAAUUCAACAAAUUUAUAACCGUGGUUGUAAUAAAUUUCCAUCUGAUUUAAGAUUAUGGUCUAACUAUUUAAAUUUUAUGAAAUCAUCUAAUUAUUCUAAACAUUUUUCUUAUAAACAAAUCCAUUCUAUUUAUAACUCCCUCUUAAAAUUGCAUCCUAAUGUGGUAGAAAUAUGGAUAUCAUGUGCUAAAUAUGAAUAUGAAGUUCAUGCGAACUUUAAGAGUUGUCGAAUAAUUUUCCAAAACUCUUUAAGAUUUAACCCUGAGGAUCCAAAGCUUUGGUAUGAAUACAUUAAUUUUGAAUUAAAUUUUAUUACUAAAUUGAUUAAUAGAAGAAAAGUGAUGAAAUUAAUCAAUGAAAGAGAACAAGAAUUAGAUAUGUUAAAUGAUCAAAGUAAAGAGAGUAAACAAAAUGAUGAUACAGUGAAGAUAACUAGUGGGAAUGAUAUGAAAGAUAAAUUGAAUGAAUUACCUGAGGCUGAUAUUAGUAUGUUGGGUAAUGCUGACACUAAUCCUGCAUUACGUGGUGAAAUUGCAUUAAGUAUAUUUGAUAUUAGUAUGAAAACAUUGGGGAAUAAUUAUUUGAAUAAGCACCGUGGGUUUUAUACCAUGGAAUCCGGAGGACAGUUUGAUAAAGAAUUGCGUGUGGACACUGUAGUGUAUUUGUUUAAAGAAUCUAUGAAGUAUGUGGAGUUGUUUUGUAAAUUUAAAGAUUUAGAUCGUAUUUAUUUGAUCAACCAUAUUAUUCAAUAUUGGAAGGGGGAAAUUUUUGAUCUCACACUAAAAGAAGUAUCUUUGGAGAAAUAUAUAAUGAUUAUAUUUAUGGAUAUUAUUAAUAAUAUUCGUUUUAUGGAGAUUGAAGAAUUGAAUAUUGAACAAUUACAAUUAUCAGUAAAGAAAUAUAUGUCAUACCGUACUAAAAACGAAGGUGAAAGAGAAGAAUUGAAGAAAAUGUACAGUGAGUACUUGAAUGAUAAUUAUUUGGCAAAAAUAUCGCCAGAUGAUAAAAGAUAUGGUAUAUUAGAUUUAAUUAUUGAGAAGUUAUAG